ACCCGAGCCUUUAAUCUUCCUUUUCGGGUAGAAGAACAUGGUCUUCCCGGCCGGCGCUGCUCGGGGGGCGCGUGCGCGUGUGCCGUCGCUCCUGGACGGGGUCUCCCGCCUCCACAGCCUAACCGCUGCGCUCUAGGCGGCCGCCAUUUUGUCUUUCCCGCGUAAGCAGCUGCUCGAGCUCCGAAGCUAGGGGCUUCCUUUGCCGGAAAGAUGGCGCGGCCCAGCCGAAGAAGAGGCCACUGCUCCCUUCGGAAACUUCAGAACCUCUCUGGCUGGAAUGAGCGGCCGGGCCACAUGGGUCAGAAGCGCUGAGGUAAGACGAGCCGAGCUAGCAUGGAGCCAAGAAGGGAGCAAGCGGCUUCUCGCCUCGAUGCUCACGCGGCAUCGUUGCCGCAGGCGCAGGCCGACGCCCCGUUUUCGUUGCUGCGGCUCUUUUCCCAGAUACGUCAGCGCCUCCUGCCAUUCCCGGUUGCCCCCCUCUUCUGGCUUCAGUCCGAGACCCACGCCACCGGCCCAGAGCCCUCCGUGCCAGUGUGGGGGACACCCGGCCUGGCUCCGCUUCUUGCCGUCCAGCACCAGCUGCGCCUGCUCUCCUCCUCCUCCGUGCUAGGCGGUGCUGACAAGAGCUCCCUGCCUGCACCCCUGAGUGCGGCUUGGGAGGAGCUGCCGAUGGCCCCACGCUUGCACACUAAGUUCCCGGAGUUCCUGCAGAAGGUGCCACUGCAGGAGAGCAAAGCUGCCCUUGGCGUGUCGGAUCCCGAUUGUGGCUAUUGCAGUUUGGAGGUGGAGGAGCAACAGCGUGAUUCUUGGGCCCCGAAAGAGAGUCUGGAGUGUUGCGAGGAAGAGCACCUAGAUUCGGGGAACACGUGUGGGCCUUAUGACCGGAGGAAACCAUCUGAGGAACGGGCUCCGGAGGUCAAAUCCGACUCCGGUGAGGACUCCGAUCUAGAGGAAGAGCUGUUCGUGGAGGCCAGACCUGCGUGUACGAACAAGCUGAUAGAUUACAUCCUGGGGGGCGCUUGCAGCGGGGAGGAGAGUGCCGGGGAGGAGGACUACGAUGGGGAGGAGGAGGAAGAUGAUGAUGGGUUUGAUAGUGAAGGCUCUCUAUCAGACUCAGAUACAGAAAGUCAGGAUGGGGAAAACAAUCACUUGUGGAACUCCUUUCAUAGCCUGGAUCCCUAUGACCCUCGAAAUUUCACAGCAGCUCUUCAUACUGCUGGGACUGCUCCCGAGAAGGGACCUCCCACUGGGCCAGAUGAGACAGAGGUGGAACAAGAUUCUUCCUCGUGGACUGAAAGUUCCUGUGAGGAAGAUGAAUGGGAGUCUAGUAGUGUAGAUGAAUCAGAAAACUUGAAAUUGUGGAACUCUUUCUGUAACCUGGGGGAUCCUUAUAACCCUUUCAACUUCAAGGCACAGUUUCAGGCUGCAGAAAAAAGGAAAUGUGACUUAAGAGAACCAACAGCAGUAGGCCUUGGCCCUUCUCAACAGAACAUCUUCCUUAGCUGUCAGGUGCACCUGCUUGAUAGCCAAAACUCAGAGGUUACAGAAAAUGUGAACUAUGGCAUCCUUUCUAGAGGAACGUGUAAGAAGAGGAAAAAGGUGACUUUCCUUGAAGAAGUGACCGAGUAUUAUAUAAGCAAUGAGGAAGAUCGCAAAGGACCCUGGGAAGAACUUGCACGUGAUGGGUGCCGCUUUCAUAAAAGAAUUCAAGAAACUGAAGCUGCUAUUGGAUAUUGUUUAACAAUAGAGCACAGGCAGCGAAUAUUUAAUAGACUUCAGGAAAAUGUGUUAUGAAAGACUGAUUUUCUAGCACCUUAAUAAAGUAUAAGUUUGAAAGGGUAACACAUUUUAAUGGCACGUAUGAGAAUCUUACCAGAGUUUGUUCUUUUAAAAAUGGCAGCUGCCUACAGUGAUCUAAAACUGGGUAACAGGAGCAAUUUUAAUACUGUAUCUCAGUACUCUGCCAACAAAUACGCUGCAUGUAUCUGGACACAGUGUUAAAACUAACUCCAUUGGGUAUCCAAGAUUACUGAAUAACUGUUUCCUUCUAAAGCCAAGUGUACGUAUUUUUUCAGAAGCCAAUCCAGAUGCCGCCUCCUGCAUAUAUGAGUGGAUGCUGUGUCUCAUUCCCAUAUAUAUAUAUAUAUAUAUAUAUAUAUAUAUAUAUAUGAACAAAGAUAGGCAAGUAUGAAUGGAAUUUUGCACUUUUUAAAGGGGAAAUAUUUUGAAAGUUAUUUAUUGUGGUUGAACCCCACCUAUUCAGUUUUGAUUUAAAGUUUGCAAAUUUCAGCCUCUUCUCUCUCUCAAAUUUGUAUACUAGAAAACUGAAAUGUUCUAAUUGUUCUGAUAGCUGAAACAAAUUCUAUUUUACUUUUUGAAAUUGAAUCUAACAUCCAUCCUAUAUGUGGGUAUUUCUCUUACUAUCUGAAAUGUUAAAAAAGACUAGAUUGGUAAAGACCUUUGGUUUUAAAGGAUUUCCUUUUCCCAUUUUUAAAAAAUACAGUUUGCUUUUUUAUUGCAGUAGGAUGCUGUGUAUUUGCACAGAUUUUGCCAAGUGCAGCAUGCUGGUUUGUUAUGGACAAUUUAUAAACAUAAAUUGCAAAGAAAAUUCUAAGGAUGGGCUACUGGAAUUCUACAGCAGUUCUCUUUGUUCUUUGUUUUUAUAAGGUGCCUAUAAACUUCUAGAACACUGUAGGGAAAGGAAUGUUGAUUUAAUUGCAAUCUGCCUCAAAUUACAGAUACACUAAAACUCAUGGGAAAUUACCAGUUUACCAGAAAUCAGUAUUAAUAUAAUUGUUCAUAUAGCAACAAAAUUAUAUGUAAAGAUAAUUCUGCAGUUUCAUAUGUGUCUUGAAUCAUCAUGUUAUGUAGUUUGUCAAAGCAUACACUUGGAUUAUUGAGCAUUAUUGGAAGCUUAUUGUUUGGCUUUCAAACUAUUAUUCAAAUAGCCUAGGUAAGCAGUUUUAAAUAACUCAUUGCCAAAGCUAUUAAAGUAAAUGCAGUGCUUCGUAACAAUUUCAUCCAGUUUCACAUAAAUGUGUACUUCUGUAGCAAAUGGGUAACAAUAUCCAUUGCUUCAAUGUACUGCUCUUUGUAAUGUGACAGAGAAGAUUGUAUGUUUUUUGGGGGGGCGGGGGUUUAAAGCUAUACAUGAACGAGAAUCAACCAUAUAAAGGCCCUGUGUAUUUUAUUCUGGUACAUUCUAACAGUUAAGUAGCCUUCUUAAAUCCAGUUUCUGUAUAACGUCUACAUGUAUAGGAGGAAUGUGUGUUACACAAACAAAUGUUCCUGACUUUCAGUAGGCCAGAAAGCUUGUUCAUGGAAUGCUUAAUUUUAAUUCAUUAUUGCCUUGAGGCAUCGUGAUAGUCUGGUGUGCACUGCUGUAGAAUUUCAUUGAGCCAUCUGGACCUGUAUCAAGGUUGCAACCCUGUGUACAUACUUGAAAAUGUCACAUUUGAAUUCAGUGGGACUUGGCUUCUAAAUAAGCAUACAUAAGAUUGGGCCACAGAAAUUAUUAUACUCAGAAUUAAACAUCUUUCCUCUUUGGUACUGUUUUAAGUAUUCUCUCUCACUAGUUUUCUCCAGUUUGGAGCCAUUUAAAAAAUCCCCCAAAACCAGACUUCCUGAAAUAAAAUGAAUUCACUUUCAAUAAAUCUUCGGCUUACCAUGGAAAUAUUUAAAAGAGCUACAUGCAGCAAUGAAGGAUGUCUCUUCAGCUUCAUUUGAGUAAUGAGACAUGAAAAACUAAAACUUUAAAUCAAAACCAUGAUUCUGAGAAUUUUAUUUUUAUAUCAUUUUAAAAAGGUAAAGAUAGAGCCAGACAACCUUUCACUUUAUACAGAUUUAAAGGAUUUGAUAUCUUACUGGCUUUUUAUACUUAAAAGUUAUAUUUCUGUAUAUAAUCAGUUUAACGCUAAUCUAUAGAAUGUAAUAAAGAAACUUUGCAAGCUA